UCCGUGUAUAAUGUGUGUUUUCCAUGGAAGCCAAUAUAUGAGAAUGAAAAUCUUUUCCAUUCACCAUAGAUGUAUUGGACAAUAAGACUUCGUGACUACAUUUCGUUGUGUAGUUUUUGUCAGCACUGCAUGGUGAGUCUAUAUAGUGGCAACUUCUUCAUAGCUUGUGGACACAAAAUAAUAAUUCGAUCAAUAUUUAAGGUAUAAAGCCAGAGCACUGUAGAGGUGGUCAACGGAAGGGACAGACUGUGCGUUUAUUUUACACCAAGUAUAUUCUGAAAGAAUAUGGCCGCAACUAGUACGAGCCAAUGUUUGUCGCAAACGCAAACAACAGUGAACACAAAUCAGCAAGAUGUGUCAUGUUUUAAACGUGCAUUUCCCUGCGCGAUAUAUCUGGGGAUGAUUGCUUUCAUGAUCAUGUUUGCUGGGGCAGUCAACGUAGGAAUAGGAUCGACGGCUGGAAGUGGUCUAUCAGGCGACAUCUUUACCGGGUUUCGACAGUCGGCGAGAAGGCAGAUGCAUGCAGGUAUAGCACUACUGGUUAUUGGAGUCAUCCUUAUGAUGCUUAGCAUCUAUUGGUGUCGCUACGCCAAGCGGUCCAUGUCGAAUGUGCCAGUCACGUCUUUUUCUGGAACAACAACAACAGUCAUCGCCCCAAACACCGCAGGUGCAGGGGUAGGGGUAGUGCAACCACCCGCUAUCCAGGGAGGAGGGAAUCAACAGGUCUACGUAUAUCAACCUCACCAGCAAGCUGGGACUUUUCAACCGGUUCAAGGCGGUCCGAUCCAUUACGCACCAGCCCAACCAGGUAUCGGCCAGUACCCACCAACUCAACCAGGUAUUGGCCAGUACCCACCGGCUCAAUCCGGUGUCAACCAGUAUCCUCCAGCUCAACAGACAUUACAACCAUCGGCCCCUGCGGAAGAACUACCCGAUCAACCGCCGCCAACAUAUAACGAGUUGAUGAACCCUGCCAACGACACCAUGAAGUCAUAUGGAAACGUCUAACGAUGGAAUGUGAUUUAGUUUUCAAAUCAAUACUAUUUACAACACCUUCUUGCCAUUAUUACAAGCAUCCGUGUGGCAGGUCUCUAUUGUCGUGAAAAAGUCUCUGUUGUUCUAGUCAACUGUGAAUGUCAUGAAUGUGUGAAUCUGCAUCUGAUUAAUACUGAAAUAGUGAACCAUUAUCACGCAUUCAUCUUUCAAGAGGCUGUACUAUUGGUAUCAAUCCCUCUUUGCUUGGAUCCCUGAUUUUAUCUCUGAUUUUUUCCACCAUGUUUACUUCGUAAGGUAUCGAUCUCAUGUGCCGGUGAUAUUGAUUGUAGCUGCUGAUUGUUAAAUUAUGAAUCUGUGUAAGUAUACAACCAGACGACUUAUCUGUGGGACCUGGUAUUUAGCAUAGAUGCAUUACCUAAGGCCAUUAGAGCACUAACUGAAAUGAACCCACAGGUCGCCGGAAUCUUGACCCCGUUAUAUCGACUGAGCUCUCAUUAUUGAUAAUACAAUCAUCAUUUAUUUUUUCUAUUGUUCAAAAUUGAUAUAGGGUAUUUAUAUUGCGCACAUAUCCACCUUGUUAGGUGCUCAGGGCGCUCAUAUAUUACCCGGCUAAGCUAGGCGUUCAUAGCGCACACAGCUUUUUAAGGAAUAACUUCCUACCGGUACCCAUUUACCUCACCUGGGUUGAGUGCAGCACAUUGUGGAUCAGUUUCUUGCUGAAGGAAAUUACGCCAUGGCUGGGAUUCGAACCCACGACCCUCUGUUUCAAAGUCCGGAGACUGAUCAACUGGGCCACAACGCUGAGAGGGAGGGCCGUGUGUGCGGAUCCCGCCGCGGCAUACAGCGACCUUUGACAAUGCGUCAAUCCUCACCUUGCCACUCUUCACCCAGGUGUUAAAUAGGUACCCGGUAGCGAAAACUCAUGUCGUAUGCCUUGCAAUCGAGUCUUGGAAGUCUUGUUGGAAAGCUCCCCAUGGAGCGGAGAAAGUGCACACAUUGCGUGCCAUGAUCCGAUGACCGGGAUAAUAACAUUGCAAUGCAACGUGCUUAGAACCAAGGUGUAACAAGCGAUAUAUAAAUGUAACUGUUGUUUUUAUCAUAGGCGAUAUAUUUUUUUCCUCUUUGUCGACGUUAUGAUGCUACUUGCGAUUUCAAUCUUAUACGCCUGACAGGCAUUUCAUAAAACUGAUCGUAAAUUACGAAUGACUUAACGCACGACAAGUGAUCGUUUUAUACUACAUGAUGUGUGACCUACCACCCCCAAACCACCUAUAAGUCGCCAGGUAAGGUUCUUCGUAAUUAGCCAAAAUAGUAAUUAAGUCUAAAAAGGGCUUAUCUGAAAGGGCAAUUCUUCUUUUUCAUACUGUGAAGAUUUGAAGUCGUGAAGUUGAAUAAAAGAUAAGAUACAAGAGUUUCUUGGACACUACUUGUUCGGACUGCUUGGAAGUUUCACUGAGAUUACACAGUAUGCACAUCUCGUGCUUAAAUGAACCCCAAAGCUGAAUUUCCUCUACAUUCAAUCAAGUACUUGUAAUGGUUAUUGUUGGUCAAAUAUAACAUAUUAUCACCCGUAUCAGACAUCUGAGCUGGUCAUUUACAAAACCGUAUUGCCCUACAUUUUCUGAAUAUUGGGGAGGGAUAGGUAUAUUGUUUGUAUUUUCCUCGGUCUCAAUGCGCGUAUUGACUUUGCAUGCAGCGCAGAGACGAUGCAAAAUAUACCUUUGUAUUUUCCCUGGUCUCACAUCCGGGACUUUGAGGAUGCGUAUGAAGAGAUACGCUUCAUACUGAUCCGCGCACCAACAAUAUACGUCAUAAUAAAGACAACGCUGGAUCCGAGCGCUUGCAAGUACGUCAUAAUGGUAAAGUGUAGAGCCUAGACCGAUAUUAACAUGACACAAUAGAACUCUAUUUUUAAAAGAAAUAUCCCCACUAUCAUGAUUUUUGCUUUAGAUAUCUGAUUUGGAUGAUAAUAAAAAUAUUGACCAGCUCUUCUUUCGGGGAACAUCAAAUAUAUUGCCCUUAAAUGACCCAUAUUGCCCUCGUCUAAAGACUCGGGCCAAUAUGAUUCUUUUGCUGGCAAUAUAUUUGAUGUUCCCCUCAAGGCCAGUCAAUAUUAUAUAAUUAUAUCAUUUUAAAGCUUAAGACAUGUAGGAAGUGUGAAUUUUCAAGCUCAAUGAAAAUUUCGAGGCCUCCAUCGCUUUCAAGCUCCAAGCUUAAGAUGGAGGUCUCCCACAUUUCUAUAUAUAUAUGUUCAGUAAUUAAAGAAAAUGCAUAUAGAUAUAUAAUUUCACAGUACAGUUGAUAUUUUAUAAUGAUUUAUGUGCAUUAUUCAUUAUGUUUAAAAAAAUAUUUGCUUAUUAUGUAAUAUUGAAAAAAAAUGUUAUACUUGUAUAUUCUUUGUUUUUUGUUUAGAAAUGUGG